AGUGCCGAUGAGCGAUUAGAAGAUGACUCGUUCUCGUGCGCUGCAUUCACAGGAAAUUUAUCAACAUACCGAUUAGAUAAAGCCAGCCGUGGAACAUAAGAGAACAAUCUUUGUUAGACUGGAUGAGACAAUAUUGAGAAUCAUCUUUGUGAGUUUCGAAGAAAUAACUUGAAAAAAGAACGAAAGAAAAGAAAGAAGAACGUGUGAAAAAGCAACGAACUCGUGUUGAACGAGGAAGAUGGCGGGCUUAGUAAAUCGUCUCACGAUGGGAGGUCUUGCGCUGUUGAUCGUUUUCUGCUUCGUCGUACGAAGUGCAGUCGUCAUCGCGCACGGACAGCAUAAACAUCUAUUAUAUAGACGUGAGUGUUUACUGGCAGUUUCUUCGUUAUUUUGUGAAAAAUCGUGAUAUUUUUGGUUUCAAUUACAUUACAAUGUGAUCGAUUAUUAUUUUUAAAUAUGAAAUGUGAUGAUUCUUCAAUAAUUUUUCAAUGAUUUAUAUCAAUAAAAGUUUCAGUUUCGUUCCUUCAUGAUCGAGUGAUCCUUUCUUCGGUUUCGUGGGGAAAUACGAAGAGGCCGGAUCUACGCUGUUGAUUCUCUUCACAGUUAAACGAAUGUCGGCUUGGAAUCAUACAUAAUUAAAGAACAAGGGAAAUCGUUUCCUCCCAACAUUUGAUAUUUCGAUCUAAUGCUCUGUUCUCUAAGCCGGAUUGCGUCUUAAACAAAGCUUGUCACUGCCUGAAACUCUAUUAUGAAAUCAUACCAAACAUGGAAACAAUGUCAACACUUUAUUCUCUAAAACAUAUGAUAAACAUUCUCUAUUCAAAGAAUGAUUAAUUUUAAAAUCUCUUUUCUUAAAUCCUGUGCUUUUGUCAACAUAUAAAUUUUAACUAUUUUUUAGAAAUAGAAUUUUUUUCUUUUAAUCUUAUAACAUAAAUGAUCGUAAUUUAUACAACUAAUCAAAUUAUCGUUUAUCCUAAAUAAUUUUUAAUUUUUUGUAAUAGAUUGGCAUAUAUGUAUAUAUAUACAUUUAAUUAUACUUUAAUUCGAAUAUAAUUUUAAAAAAUAUAAUAUACAUAUAUAUACAUAUUGGAUAUUUAUAUAAAAUUUAAAUGUAUAAAAAUCUGUAUAAUGCUAGUAAUAUAUAAUGUUAUAAAGCAUGAAAUAUUCAGUUUAGUAUUAUAAUAUAUAAUAUUAUAUAAUAUAAUGGUUGUGAUUUGAGAAAGCAUAUCUUUAUUUUUUUUAAGUUUUUAAGUUUAUUUUUAAGUUUCAUUUUUUUAAUCUUAUUCAAUAUUAUUUUGUUUAAAUAUAUCCAAUCUAUUUAUAACAAUUCAUUCACAUUAAUUAAUUUAAUUUAAUUAAAAAUAAACAAUUAAAAAUAGACUACAUAUUAUGUGAAUAGAAAAAGCUUGUAUUAAAAAAAAUUGAAAGAUAAUUAUUUUUAAUUAAUAGAAAAUAGUAAAUUUUGUGUUAAAUCAUCAUUUGUGUUGAACUAGUUAAAAUUAAAUGAUAUUAUUCAAGAAUUAAAUUAAUCAAGAUUUUUGCAUAAUUUCAUAAUUUUGUAAUAAAAUACUAUUGUUUAAAAUACACAUGACAAUAAAUAAAUCGACAAUUACGAUAAAGUGUACAAGUUGCGCAAAGAUUUUAACAACAGUUUGUAAAAUCAUUUAUUCGCGCGAGAAAAAAUGAAUAAAAUUCCUCAAAGUAAAUAUACACUAUACAAUGUCAAAAAGAAUGAAAAUGAAUUCAACGUGAUAUAUAAUAAUGGCUUCUGUUUAUAAAACUAUGAUUGCGUAAUAGACUGAAACUAUGGUAGCGAAAUAUGUUAACCUCAUCGUUCAUCGAUCGGCAAGCUUCGACUUGGAAAUGACUGAAAGAUAUCAUCGUAAUUACUUAGAAAAUAUUAUAUAUUUAAAAAUAUUAAUUAUUUUGUUUUUUUUUAACAUCAAAUAUCAAAAUUGAAAAGAUUUCUAAAUAUUAGUAUAAUAUUUUAGAAAUUAAACUACUUGUUUUAAUGUAAAGAGAAGAAUUUGGUGAUAAUCAUGCUAGACGAAGAGGACACGUGAAUAAGCGCUGUGAAACGAUGCCGUCAUCUAAUCUAACGUGAGCCGUGCCAUCAGAGCGGAUCUUCUUUGUCGAGUUGCGUAAUACGUAACGAUAGUGAGAGCGUGCACAGAAGACGUGAAAUAUAACGAGCGAAGCAUUGGUCUGGCUAGAUCAAGAUCAAGCGGCCUGGCGGGAGUUCCUUCUCGAGAUCAUCGGGAAUGACGACCAUUCGAUUUGGGCCGUUGAAACGACGCCGAGAGGAAGACGUUUCAACGGCGGUACGAGAAUGACAACGAUCAGGACGGUGGUCGGGAUCUCGAGGAUCCUGGUCCUCGUGCCUGUCACUGUCUGCGCGACCAUUUCUUACGUCAGUGAACAACCGCCGCGAUGCAGCAACCGAACACCGCCACUUCAGACAUUGGCGAAAUGUCAAUACGACGCUGAUUGUAUGAAGAAUGCUUAUUGCUGGAACCAGGAAGCCUGUUUGUGCAAGGAAAAUUACAUUGUCUAUAAAAAUCGCACGCACGUGGAAUGCCUCAAAGUCGCGAAUGCUAUCGGCGAUCCUUGCGAGGCGGACGUUCAGUGUCGCGUGACCUUCGCUCCUUACUCGGAGUGCCGACAAAAUAUCUGCCAAUGCUCCGAUGGUUCUCACUACGUGGAAGGAAGGUGUUACGAGUCUGUAGGUCUAAGAGAGUCUUGUCAAACGCAUCGGAAUUGCUACAUCAGAGACAGUUACUGCGUGACAGGAUAUUGCGCGUGUACUUUGAAGUAUCAUCCUAAUCCUCGCAAUGAUGGUUGUAUACCAAGUAUCGAAUUAGGGGAAAAAUGUUUCAAGGAUUACGAAUGCGUGGCGGAAAACUCGAGAUGCAUCGAUAUUUGUUCGUGCAAAGUAGAUCAUGUACUAUCUAAAGAUGGCAAACAAUGUCUGAAAAUUCGCAAUUCUGUGGGGGAACCGUGUCAAGAGAAUUCUCAGUGCCAAUUAGGCAUCAAAGAUUCCGAAUGUGGACCUGAUGGUAAAUGCAGUUGUAUCGAGAAUUUCCAUCAACGAGGCUCCGUAUGUUUCAGAGAUAUGAUGUUAAACGAUCGAUGUCAAAGUCAUAGAGAUUGUGUCACCGUCACUUAUAAGCAUUCCAACAUUACCGAAGUGAUGAACGUCGAUUGCAUAGACAAUACAUGCGUUUGCGCCAAGGAUUACAUUAUGUCAAAGGAAUUAUUCGAUUGCAUCCGAUAUAGCGACAACGGCGCUGAAAGUACAAUUUCUUGGCAACAGAUAUUUCGAAUUCUUCCUUUUAUAUUUUUCGCGAUUUUUUUGAUGAUUUGAGCAUCGUGCUUAGAAAAAAAAAAAAUAAUACAGUUGUUUACAAUUUUAUCUACGUAUAAUAAUGUUUUAAUUGUACAAUUAUAAUUUAUUCGAAUAUUUUUUGUUUUAUUGUAAAUACGUUAUAUUUAUAUAGAUAGAAAAAAACAUAUCGCUACCAAAGAUAAGUCCAUUUCCUCUGUGUAUUAACUAUCAGUCGAUUCAUAUUUAUUCACAUCACAGAACAAUAAUGACUUUCUCUUCUUUUAAACGCGGAUUAAUAAAUAUUGAUAAUGACCGGUCGUGUAAUUAUUUUUACAAUAAUGUUAUACUAGAAUGAACAGCAACGAAAGAUAAGUUAUAUAAAAAUAUACACGUAUCGAUGUAAUAUUAUUAUUGUUAA